AUGGAGACAAAGGCAAAUUCGGUAAGGGAUAACAUUAUUGACUACGAGGAGCUGCAUCUGGUUCAGAUCGAUGGAGCAAAAAAAAUCAAUGGAAAUCUCAUGAACAACAGCCUCUUUGGAGUUGCUGGAUCAAGGUCAGCCGUCACUCUCUCCACAGGAUCCAAUUUCCUCCCACGUUCCAACCUCGUAUUAGUUUCCCAAAAAGUAUCUCUAAACACAACCGCAGAGAAGCAAACCCAAAAAUAA